AGCCCGGCUGAGGAGGGGGCAGCUGGCUCCAGGAGGACCCCUUCUUCUUCAUCAUCAUCUUCAUCAUCAUCAUCUUCCUCCUCCUCUUCCACCUCCAAAGGCCUCGCCUGACCAAGCAGACCUUGGACCCUGGACCCUGAGGAGGAACGUCUUCUGUGGGGGGCUUUGGGGGGGGCAGUGGGAGAAGCCCCUCCAGACGCCGGGCACCACCAAGGAGGAGCUGCCAGCCGUGCCAAGGUUGCCAGGGAAGGAAGGAGGGAAAGAAGGGUGCCUCCAUGACGACCCCCCGCUUGGUUUCUAAAGACCUGAAUGCUCACGUCACCAUUCACUGAAGCAUGAACAUUGGACAUGGCCACCCGCCGCUGCACUCGCAAGCCUUUGCUGGCACCCGGAGUUUCUAGAAUGGUUUGGAAGCAUCUUGUCCUCUUUUUCCUUUGGUUGCCAUCAGUUGUUUUGGGUGGAGCUUCUCCCACCUCCUGCCCAGCUGCUUGUUCCUGCAGCAACCAAGCAAGCCGGGUUAUCUGUACACGCCGGGAACUGGUGGAAGUGCCAGAGAGCAUUUCUAUCAACACACGGUACCUCAACCUGCAGGAGAACAACAUCCAGGUCAUAAAGACAGACACUUUCAAGCACCUUCGCCAUCUUGAGAUUUUGCAAUUGAGCAAAAACCUCAUCCGUAAGAUUGAGGUUGGAGCCUUCAAUGGCUUACCCAACCUCAACACGCUGGAGCUCUUUGACAACCGGCUGACCACUGUCCCCACACAGGCCUUUGAGUACCUCUCCAAGUUGCGGGAGCUGUGGCUGAGGAACAACCCCAUUGAAAGCAUCCCCUCCUACGCCUUCAACCGAGUCCCUUCCUUGCGCCGCCUGGAUCUUGGAGAGCUCAAGAAGCUGGAGUACAUCUCAGAGGCAGCCUUUGAAGGCUUGGUCAACCUGCGCUACCUGAACCUGGGCAUGUGCAACCUUAAGGACAUCCCAAACUUGACAGCCUUAGUGCGUCUGGAGGAGCUGGAGCUGUCUGGGAAUCGCCUGGACAUGAUCCGACCAGGCUCCUUCCAAGGGCUGACCAGCCUUCGCAAACUGUGGUUGAUGCAUGCCCAGGUGGCCACCAUUGAACGCAAUGCCUUUGAUGACCUCAAGUCCUUGGAGGAGCUCAAUCUUUCCCACAAUAACUUGAUGUCUUUGCCACAUGAUCUCUUCACCCCCUUGCACCGCCUGGAGCGUGUCCACCUCAACCAUAACCCUUGGCAUUGUAACUGCGAUGUGUUGUGGCUCAGCUGGUGGCUCAAGGAGACAGUGCCCAACAACACCACCUGCUGCGCCCGGUGCCAUGCACCGCCAAACCUCAAAGGGCGGUAUAUUGGAGAGCUGGAUCAAAGCCAUUUCACCUGCUAUGCCCCAGUUAUAGUGGAGCCUCCCACUGACCUUAAUGUGACUGAGGGGAUGGCAGCUGAGCUGAAAUGCCGGACAGGGACCUCCAUGACAUCAGUCAAUUGGCUGACGCCAAAUGGAACGCUGAUGACUCAUGGUUCCUAUCGGGUCCGCAUCUCUGUCCUCCAUGAUGGCACGCUCAACUUCACCAAUGUGACUGUCCAGGACACAGGGCAAUACACUUGCAUGGUGACCAAUUCAGCUGGCAACACCACAGCUUCAGCCACACUCAAUGUCUCAGCUGUGGAUCCAGCCACCACCGGUUACACCUACUUUACUACAGUGACUGUGGAGACCAUGGAUUCGGGUCAAGAAGAAUCCGUUCCCACCAAGAAAGAACCAGGGCCAACACCAUCACAAGGUUGGGGCAUGACUUACUCCACCACCUCUCUAACCCCACGCAGUACCCGUAGCACUGAGAAACCAUUCACCAUCCCAAUCACUGAUGUAACCGAGGGUGGCAUGAAAGACUUGGACGACGUUAUGAAAACCACCAAGAUCAUCAUUGGCUGCUUUGUUGCCAUCACCUUCAUGGCUGCCGUGAUGCUGAUUGUUUUCUACAAGCUCCGCAAACAGCACCAGCUUCACAAACACCAUGGGCCCACGAGGACCAUCGAGAUCAUCAAUGUGGAAGAUGAGCUGCCUGCUGCGGCUGGGGGCCCUGGCGACAGCCACUUGGCUCUUCCUGCCAUCGAGCAUGACCACCUCAACCACUAUGCUGCUUUCAAGGCCCACUACAACAACAACAGUGGUAGUGGGCCUCUCACCUGUGGCUCCAAGAACCCCAUGCUCAAUUCUAUCCAUGAACCUCUCUUGUUCAAGAGCAGCUCGAAAGAGAACGUCCAAGAGACACAGAUAUGACGGCCAACAGACCCAGGCAACAGGGAAUACUUACAUGGUGGGAGGGUGGCGACAAAUCCAUCCAUGCAGUGGGGGAAAUAUUGAGGAACAGCUCCUCCUUCCCCACCCAC